UGAAAUCACCGGCAAACAAAACGGAGAAAACAGAACGUUGGCCGGUACUACGACUCAUUUACAGUGCGAACUCCGACAAUGGCUGAUCGUCCGUGUGCUGGAAACCUUCUUCGUAUCGCCGGGGCCGUGAUCCUGCCCAAUCUGGGUGGGAUCUACAACGGGCGGCUGACCAGGCAGCACAUCCAAAACUGGUACGCCCACCUGAAGUUCCCAUCCUUCAAGCCGCCAAACUGGGUGUUUGCUCCGAUGUGGACCUCCCUGUACGCCGGAAUGGGCUACGGAUCGUAUCUGGUGUGGCGGGACGGCGGAGGAUUUGGUGGCGAGGCGGCCAGACUGCCGCUCAUUGCCUAUGGAACACAACUGGCCUUAAACUGGGCGUGGUCGCCCAUAUUCUUCGGGCAGCACAACAUUAAGGGCGGGCUUAUUGACAUAGUCGCACUGACGGCCACCGCUGGAGCGUGUGGAGUUCUCUUCUACCGAGUGAACAAGGUCGCCGGAUUGCUCUUUGUCCCCUACGUCGCCUGGCUGGGAUUCGCCACUGCGCUGAACUAUGCCAUCUGGAAACUAAAUCCUGAAAAGAAGCAGGCGCCGGAAGAGGAGGAGAAACCCUCCGUCAGUACCGGCAAGGCCGACUAGCCCCGAAAGCCUCUAAAUUCAAUAAUUUUAAGUUUCUUUAAUACGAAAUGUAAUGCCUUUAGAAGUUAUCGAGCCAGGGCUGGUCUAUUUGGAUAAGAUAUCGAUAAAUCAUGUAUUAAAGUGAGCGGACAAAUCAAAAUAUGUUUAAUCCAAACUUAAAAUUCUGAUCUAAAUGAUCUGUUAAUUAAUUAUAAAGGAAAAACUGUUAUCCCUAAUAACAUAAUAAUAAACAAAUUUAUUGUCGAUAUA